UCUCCGUGGAAACGCUCCGAGCGCCUACAGCUAGGCCUCCUAGGCCCGUGGCAGCCAUUGUGUAGACGGAGUGUUUCCGCCGGUCCCUGUUCCACCAAGAGACUCCAUAAAUGACUCGGACUCUCGGGAGCACCGAUCCAAAAGCGGACAAGGGCGGCGAGGGCUGAGGCUGAAGAGAGUGACCGAAAGGGGAGGGUCCGAGGCCGAGAAGCGCCUCCGGUUUAGAAAUCCCGGAGACACCAGUGUAGGGACCUGUGAUCAGCAAGGCAGGGCCAGCGUGGCACAGGCCCAUGCCCCCAUUUUACAGCUCAGCCUCCUCAACAGUCUACCCUUCUGCAAAAGAGCACAAGGAAGGAAUGCUCAGUAUUUUCCUCACAGUCUGAUCCCAGAUUUCUUCUUCCCAGAAAGCCUAUCUUUGACCAGAUGGCAGUUACAUUUGAAGAUGUCACUGUUACUUUUACUUGGGAGGAGUGGAAAUUCCUGGAUUAUUCUCAAAAAAAGCUCUACAGAGAGGUCAUGUGGGAGAACUACACAAAUGUCAUGUCAGUAGGAAACUGGAAAGAGAGCUACAGACCCCAAAAAGAAAGAUUCACAUAUUUAGUACAUGAAAAUCUUUCCUGCUGGCAAGGCUGGAAUGCCAGCACUCAGAUGUAUGAGAAUCAAACCUGUGUGCAAACUGUUCAAGGGAUAAAUUCCAAAGCCCUAAAGCAGCAAGACUUUUCCCACUAUCAAAAAUGGUUAAUACUCUCCACACAGGUAUCAGGAUAUGGAAACUAUGAACUGAUUGAAGGUAAAAAUCCCAGGAACUUAAAAUAUACAAAGUUUAUACCUUGGCAUUCCUUAGAAACAAAACAUUCUCAAGACUAUGGUAGAGAAAUUCACAUGAGUGAUUCACAUGGUUUUCAAGGCAGCACAUACCUUCUUGGCCUAUCCAGGAAAAAUCUCUCUCUGGAAAAAGAACAGAAGCUCAUAGUUCAGCAUUCGUAUAUCCCAGUUGAAGAAGCCCUCCCAGAGUACAUUGGAGAGAUGUGCCAGAAUGGCCUACUGAAAGACUCUAUGGAAGAGAAAUACUGUGCAUGUGAUAAAUGUAAAGAAAUGUAUUAUUGGAACUCAGAGGGUAUUCUCCACAAGGGAAAUCAAUUUGGAGAAAAGUUCUAUCCAUGCUACAUCAGCACAGCACACUUCUCUCAGAGAUCAGACCUGUACAGACAUCCAAGAAUUCAUGUAGGUAAGAAGCUGUGUGGGUGUGAUGAAGUUGAUGGUAACUUCAGUCAGAGCUCAGGUGCUCACUUUCAUCAGAAAGCCCACCCAGGGGAUGGUCCUUUUAUAUGUAAUGUGUGUGGUAAGAGCUUCAGUCAGAUCUCUAGUCUUCACAAUCAUCAAAGAGUCCAUACAGAAGAGAAACUCUACAAAUUUCAGUGUAAUAAGGACAUUGGUAGAAAUUCAUUACUUCACAUUCACCAGAGACUUCACAUAGGAGAGAAGCCUUUUAAGUGCAAUCAGUGUGGUAAGAGUUUUAGUCGGAGUUCGGUACUUCAUGUUCAUCAAAGAGUCCACACAGGAGAGAAGCCGUAUAAGUGUGAUGAGUGUGGUAAGGGCUUCAGUCAGAGCUCAAAUCUUCGAAUUCAUCAGUUAGUCCACACAGGCAAAAAGUCCUAUAAGUGUGAUGACUGCGGUAAGGGCUUUACCCAGCGCUCAAAUCUUCAGAUUCAUCAGAGGGUGCAUACAGGAGAGAAGCCUUAUAAAUGUGACAACUGUGGCAAGCACUUUAGUCACAGCUCAGAUCUUCGCAUUCAUCAGAGGGUCCAUACAGGUGAGAAACCCUAUACUUGUCAUGAAUGUGGGAAGGGUUUCAGCAAAAGUUCAAAGCUUCACACUCAUCAAAGAGUACAUACUGGAGAAAAACCCUAUAAAUGUGAACAGUGUGGUAAGGGAUUUAGUCAGCGUUCACAUCUUCUCAUUCAUCAGCGAGUUCACACAGGAGAAAAACCCUAUAAAUGUGAUGACUGUGGAAAGGGCUUUAGUCAUAGCUCUAAUCUUCACAUUCAUCAGAGGGUCCACACAGGAGAGAAGCCCUAUCAAUGUGCUAGGUGUGGUAAGGGUUUUGGUCAUAGUUCGGCCCUUCGAAUUCAUCAAAGAGUUCACACAGAAGAGAGACCUCAUAAAUGCCAUGAGUAUUAUAAAGGAUUUGAUCAGAACUCACAUCUUUACAAUAAUCACAGAAGAGAAAACUUAUAAUUCCAUUCAUGUAGUAACAGUAUGACUCAAAGCUUAACUUAAAACCCAGUAAGUGCUGCUGGGAAGAAAAUUCUAUAAAUAACCUAAGUAAUCCCAGGCAACAUUUAUAAUUUCCCCUAACUCCCAGUAAGAACCAUUUGCUUCAAGAGAUCCUUAGGAGGAUUCCUAUAUAUUUAAAGUAUAUUUUCUU